CCCUUGACUAUGAGUUGGGCUUGUCCGUAGACUCUAAUGUUAGAGUCGAGGCCUAUCUCGGCUCGGGCCCAAAGAUGCGCCACCGCGCACAGAAAAAUCAUGUGGUAUGGACACCAGAAGUAAGAAUGAGAUCCCAUGCGCGACCCACUGACUUAGAUAUCCACUGCCAAAACGGUUCAUGGUACAGGGUAUAGGGCAAGUCCAAGAAAAGGUCACCCUAGAAGAUUCCCAUUCAGCCGUUGGACUGAACUGGUACUGUAACACAGUAUGGAUGGUCAAUAUGAAGCAAGCUUCAUCGAAUUCCUCCAAGAGCUCUGAACUCUGUUCUGAUCAUUUUGAAGAUGCUUGCUUUGACAGGACUGGGCAAACGAUUCGUCUAAGACAGGAUGCUGUCCCAACCACAUUUAAUUUGCCGCCUCGUCAUCAGAAGAAUGCACACAAACCAGGGAAACCCUCGAAAGAAAGUCAUUUAGAUUCAGCAAGCAACCUCCCAGAUACUGCAAAGACACCUGUACCAAAGUCUUCAGCACCUUCCCUGGGACUACUACUCAAUGCCAAAAAUCUAAGAGGGAUGGAGACCAGCAGCAUGGCAGCAGGAGCUAAUGUUGGUCGUGAUGAGGCAUAUACCACCAUCAACAAUGCUGCAAUUGCAGUCACCACCACCAAGUCUGCUUCUGUCACUGCCAUCACCAUUGCCACCGCCAUUACCAAGACCACUCCUGACACAAAAGCCCCCAAGUCCUCAACUGACCAGAUAUUGCAGCUGGAGAAGGAUAUACCAGGAACUUCAAAGCCAGGGCUUGCCAGUCUCCUACAAUAAGAAAAAUGCCAUGGGCCCAUCUAAUGAACUAGUAGUAGAAUAUUUGGCCACAGUUGUAGAAAUGCAGAGACUAACAUACUGCCACAGGUAAAAAUCAAUGUCAGAUAUGAUGGAUAGUCUUUGAAAUAUGGGUUGCAGAAUGAAUAUCAGUAAAACCCAUCAUGAUGUGCUAUCUGAUUUAACCCUAAAAAGGCCGUGGGAGCCCAAAAAUUUUCACGAUAAAUCCACAACGUGAAAGAUUGUGCCGCGUCAUUAUAAAGCCUUUUUUAAAAAAAGUUUAUGAGU